AUGAAGUACUUCCUCGCCACUCUGGCCAUUAUUGGCUCUGUCCUCGCCUUCCCUGUCCAGGAGGGUGAGAAUCCUCACACUUUCGCUACCUCGCUUUCUACCUACUCGACUUUCUCGGUCACGCCCACUCCCUCGACUAGCCACGCUUCGUCGACUUCCUCAGUCACGCCCACUCCCUCAACUAGUCACGCUUCGUCGACUACCUCCAAGCCUUCGUCCGCCUCCGCCAGCUCGACCCCCACCUGCGACGUCGAGUCCGAGGGCGACAACGGUAACCACUAUGGCUGGUGCAAGAAGGCCCAGCACUCUGGCACCUACAAGAACGGCAAGAGCGAUUAA